UUGCUCUCUUCAAAGCGACGUGUCCUGUGGUGCAAACCACAUUGUUGUUUCGGUUCACUUCCUUCUCUGUCUCUCUCUGAAAUCAGAAGGGGAUUUUCAUGAAACAGAAAAAACCCUAAGAUUGGUCCUGGGAUUCCAGCCUAAAGAUUCCUUAUAACUGCAUGUUCCACCGGUUCCUGAACCAGGAAAGGAACUAGUAUGCGCCUCUUUAUUCCAUAUCAAAUCAAGGACAAAUCCUGAUUCUAGGGUUUUGCAUAGGGUUCUGAGUUCUAUCGUCCUUCUUCUUACCCGUCGUUUUUAAACUAUUCCCCAUGAACCCUAUGCAAAACUGCAGCACCACAAAAUCCACAUCAAAACUACCCCGAAGGCCAAAAAGCAAAAAGAAGAAGGAUUCAAGAGUAAAUGAUGCUCAAGUAGCUGCAACCCCAUCAGAAUUCUCAUUUGCUAUAGCCAAAAUUGCAGUUGCUCAGAUCUGUCAGUCAGUUGGUUAUAAAAGGUCCAAAAGUGAUGCUCUUGAAACCUUAACUAAUGUUUCAACAAAAUAUCUCCAAGCCAUUGCGAGAUCAGCUGCCUCAUUUGCUAUUGCCUCGAAUCGUUCUGAUUCAAACCUCUUUGAUUUCAUCAAUGGCAUUCAUGAUCUGUCCUCUGUUCAAGGAUUUCCCGGUGGUUCAGAGUUGCACAAAAGUAACCUGCUGAGGUCUGCAGCUCUGAAAGAGAUGAUGAAUUUUGUCAAACUCUCUAAUGAAGUACCAUUUGCCAAACCAAUUCCAACAAAUAAUGUUUCUGUAAGCCAAAAUCCGGCAACAACCAUUGAUUCUGGCACAUCAAUGUGUUGCUUUAAGAAAGCAAAAAAACAAUGUUUGCAUGUACCAAAAUGGCUCCCAGAUUUUCCUAAGGAAAGCUUAUAUAAGAAUUGUGAUCAGGUUUUGGUUAAGGAGAGGAAAUGUGGUGAGAAACUAUGGGAACAUUCACUUGCUGUGGAAUAUUGCAGUGGUAAAAACAGUGGCGUACUACAAUGCAGUGACAUUAAUGGAAAAGAAACGAAAGAGACCAGGAUGGAAUUGGCAAAGGGAAGAGGAAGAGUGAAGUUUAAGAUUGGAGGGGAGGAAGAGAAGCAGUCUGGAUUGGGUGUGAAUAUGAUGAAUGGGGUUUGUAAAGGAAGGAAAAGAGUGUCUUGGAAUCAUGGUAAAAUAAAUGAUUGCAUGGUUGAGGAAAAUGAAGAUGAAAGGAGUGCAUUUAAGAGGAAAAAGAUAGCAUAAUUGUUAUGCAAACAUGUUUAUAAUUGUUCUAGAAACUUUUCUUCAUGGUGUGCUUGGAAUGUGAAAGAAGAGAUAGAUAUGAAAGAAGAAGAAGAAAAAAAAAAAGUUUAGCGCUUCCUAUGGUUUGAGAGUCGAACCCGGGUCAUAGACUUGAGGUUUGUACACGACAACCACAGCAAUAGUUCGAAAUUGUUUGUUGUCUUUUCAGUCUAUUGUAUUAUAAAUCUUGGAUUGAGUCUUUCCGAGAUUAUAGCUUGAUUUUGGCGCUUAGGAAAUUGUCAUAGUUUAUUUUCUUUCAAAGAACAUAAUUUUGGAAAAUAGCAGAUUAUUUU